AUGCCAGACACCAUUCUUGUAACCGGUGCUAAUUCCUUCAUUGGCGGUUGGAUUAUCAAAUAUCUUCUCGACAAAGGUUACAAUGUUCGUGGAACAGUUCGAUCACAAGCCAAAGAAGCACGAGUUCUUGAUGGAAUUCCGAAAGAUCAGCAAUGUCAAAUUUCAUUCGUACAUAUUAAUGAUGUUACGACUGAUUCGUUUGACGAAGCUGUUCAAGAUGUUGAUGGGAUCAUUCAUGUUGCUUCACCAGUUCAUUUGACAGUUACAGAUCCCGAAAAAGAGUUUCUCUUGCCAGCCAUAAAUGGAACUAUGGGAGUUCUACAAGCUGCUCAUAAAUACAAUCAAAAUCAUCCUACCAAAAUCAAAAGAAUCGUGAUUACAUCGUCGUUUGCUGCAGUUUUUGAUCCAAGCAAAGGAAUUCAAUCUGAUUAUACUUACACCGAAAAGGAUUGGUGUUCAUUGACUUAUACAGAUGGAGUGGCUGCAAAAAAUGAUCGUGUCACUGCUUAUCGAGUGUCGAAAACUUGUGCCGAACACGCUGCAUGGGAGUUUCUUGAUAAAGAAAAGCCUUCUUUUACUAUUGCAACUAUUUUUUCUAAUCAUGAUACAAAAUGUAUAUGUCGUGUAGAAGGUGCACUACUUGCCGAAGUUACAACUUCGAUAGAAAGUUUUGUCGAAGGUAUUCUGAAACAGCUAAUUAAAUAUCUUUUAUCAAGAGGCGAGCAUCAUCGUGUUGAAUCGCACAUUGAAACUCUUCUUUUCAGCUAA